AUGGCAGAAGGAUUCCUUCAAUCGAAUGAGGUAAAGAACACUAGAUCAUUUGAAGAUGUAGGAAAUGAUUAUUUUAAAUAUCUGUUGUGGAACUCAUUCUUUCAGGAUACAGUGAAGGAUAAACUUGGUAUCAUCGAUAAAUUUAAAAUGCAUGGUCUUGUGCAUGAUCUUGCAAUGAGUGUUGUAGAUCGUAACGAAUUUGGGUUCGAUGGAAAGGAAGAUGUUUCACAAGUUCGUCGUUUACAACUGAUAUGUGGAAAAGGGUCAUCAACAACAACUGCCGAAGUGCCGUGCAAGGCAAUGAAAUUACGAACCGUUGUAGCUCUGGAUCCGGAGAAUUAUUCAGAAAUCAAUAGUUUAUUCUCUUCUAAGCGUUUACGGGUGUGGUAUCCACUCGGUGGUUGGUAUACAAAACUUUCCUUCUCGAUUCCAGAGUUUAAACAUUUGAGGUUCCUGGACCUCACAAGUUGUGCAUUUGACUUAUCACAUCAUGUGUCGUUAAAUCCUUCUCAUAAUUUGCAGACAUUAAUACUGCAUGGUUGCAAAACUGUUUCAGGGUUUCUUGGUCAAACUGGGCCUUCAAGAAAUUUGAGGCAUCUGGAUGUCUCAGGAUCUGACAUUGAGGUUCUACAUGAGGAUUUCAUCGUCAACUUCAAUAAUUUGCAGACGCUGGAUCUCCACGGGUGCACCGAGUUUAAAGCCUUACCCGAAAAUAUUGGAUUAUUAAGGCAUCUUAGUUACCUUAACCUUUCAACUUCACAUAUUACAAAAAUACCUGAUUCUAUCACUGGCAUUAGGAAUUUAAUGACGUUGGAUUUUAGUUGGUGUACUCACUUAGUUGCCUUACCUACAGAACUAGGAGCUUUUACAAGAUUAAGGAGCCUUGAUUUGUCACGUACUGAGAUCAAAGUCUUGCCUGAAUCUUGCAUUAGCAACCUCUGUAAAUUGGAGAUAGUGGAUUUUGGAAUCAAGUGUGAGCUUUCCGACGAAAUUAAGAACUGGCCAAACUUAAGGGAGUUCAGACAUUCUAGAUAUGGUGAUACAAUUCCUAGAGGUAUGAGUAAGCUAACUUGUCUUGAAACAUUAGUGUCAUUUUCUGUAUGUGGAAGUAAUCAAAAUAAGAGUUGUAGCGGUCAGAGUGGGUUAGAAGAGUUAGCAACGCUUAACUCUCUUCAGGUGUUAUGGAUAACAAGUCUUGAGAAUGUGAUGGGAGGAAUAGAAGAUGCAGAGGGAGCAAAGCUAAAGGAUAAACCAGAUUUGAGAGAUUUGUAUCUAAUUUGGUCUUCUCACGUAGAUGGUGAUAUGGUUUUAGAGGGUCUUCAACCUCACCCCAAUCUGAGAAAUCUGCAGAUAAAUAGGUUUUCAGGGUUCAAGCUUUCCAAGUGGAUGUGUUCUACUUCUAAUCGCCUGGUGUCAUUAAAUUUGAAAGAUUGUAAUGUCAUUGAGAAGCUUCCAGCUCUAGGGAUGCUCCCGUGUCUUAGGGAUCUUGAGAUUUGGGAAAUGAAAUCAGUCAAGUGUUUGGGUAGAGAAUUUUACUACCACCAAGAAGAAGAAGAAGAAAGUAGGAGAACCCAAGUUUCUACGACAUGUUCAUUCCCAUCGUUACUUUAUUUUAAAAUGUUCUUUUUGGAAAGUCUAGAAGAAUGGGUUUCGCGUCCUUCAUCUGAUUUUUAUGUUGAUUCCUUCCCUGUCCUUGCGAGGCUACAUAUUCAGGGUUGCCUAAAGUUGAGAAGCGCACCAAACUCAUUUCCUUCCCUUAAGGAAUUGGAAUUAAGACAAAUCAAAUGCAAGGCAGUAAAAUCAAUCUAA